GGCGCGGCGGCUCCCCUCUGCAUUUUAAUCGGAUAUAUAUUUGGCUCGUAUUUAGUUGCCAAGCCCUGCCCAUAAGUGAGAGUGGCGGAAGGGCGUGGAGUUAUCAAAAUCGGCGUAGUGAGUUGUAUGGGCAGUGCGGUUUAGUCAAUCCUAGACUCUUAGAUCGGGCGGGUAUCAUCGAAGCAAAUAAAACAUCGCGUUAGUGCGACAUCCGCGGGUGUGGACGGAGAUGCUGAGGUACGGCGCAGUCACCUUGAGCCAGCUCGCCAAGGGAGCGAUAUGUCGGAAGACGGCACAAGCGGUCGCGCCUGCGAUUUCCCAACGCCGGGAUUACUCGGACCACAAGAUCCCGGAUAACCUGCAGUACGUCGAGGACGCCGAGGACCCUUCCUUCUUUCACAUGGUGGAGUACUUCUACCACCGGGGCUGGCAAGUGGUCGAAGAUAAACUCGUCGAAGAGUUUCGCGGCAAGCUCAGCCUCGAAGAGAAGCGCAAGAAGGUCCGGGGCUACCUGGCUUUGCUGGGGCCAUGCCACGCAGUGUUGGAGGUGUCCUUUCCGCUCAAACGGGACAAUGGGGAGUACGUGAUGAUCAACGGAUGGCGGGCGCAGCACAGCCACCACCGGACACCAUGCAAAGGAGGAAUUCGAUACAGCAUGGACGUCAGCUUGGAUGAGGUCAAGGCGCUCUCCGCGCUGAUGACUUUCAAGUGUGCAGUGGUUGACGUGCCAUUUGGGGGCGGCAAAGCUGGCCUCAAGAUCAACCCCAAGGAGUUCAGCGAAUUUGAGCUCGAGAAGAUCACCCGCAACUUUGCGCUCCAGCUCGCGAAGAAGGGCUUCCUGGGGCCCGGUGUGGACGUCCCAGCGCCCGACAUGGGCACAGGAGAGAGAGAAAUGAGUUGGAUCGCCGACACAUAUUCGCAGACCAUCGGCCACACUGACAUGAACUCACAUGCAUGCAUCACCGGGAAGCCCAUCAACCAGGGCGGAAUCCACGGACGAGUGUCUGCAACCGGAAGGGGCGUCUUCCAUGGAAUCGAUAACUUCAUCAACGAAGCAAGUUUCAUGAGCAUGAUUGGGACCACACCUGGCUGGGGAGGAAAAACCUUUAUUGUCCAGGGUCUGGGAAACGUGGGCCUGCACUGCACGCGUUACCUGACGAGAGCAGGUGCCCGGUGCAUCGGCAUCCAGGAGGUGGACGGCUCCAUCUUCAACCCCAACGGGAUCGACCCCAAGGAAAUCGAGGAGUGGAAAAUCAACAAUGGCACAAUCGUUGGGUUCCCUGGAGCAGAGCCCUACACGGGGGAGAACUUGCUGUAUGAGGAGUGCGACAUCUUCGUGCCAUCUGCCGUGGAGAAGGUCAUCACCAAAGACAAUGCCAACAAAUUCAACUGCAAGAUCAUUGCCGAGGCCGCCAAUGGACCGACCACUCCUGCGGCGGACAAGAUCUUGAUGGAGCGCAACAUCCUGGUCAUCCCGGACCUGUACAUCAAUGCGGGCGGCGUGACCGUCAGCUAUUUUGAGUGGCUGAAGAACCUGAACCAUGUCAGUUACGGCCGGCUCCUCUUCAAGUACGAGCGGGAGUCCAACUACCACCUCCUGGAGAGCGUUCAGGAAUCGCUGGAGAGGAGGUUUGGCAAGGCCGGGGGACGCAUCCCCAUCAUGCCGAGUGAAUCGUUCCAGAAGAGAAUCUCCGGUGCAUCAGAAAAGGACAUUGUGCAUUCUGGCCUUGAUUACACAAUGGAAAGAUCAGCCAGGCAAAUCAUGAGAACUGCCAUGAAGUACAACCUGGGCCUGGACCUCCGCACUGCCGCCUACGUCAACUCCAUCGAGAAGAUCUACCUGACCUACCGCGAAGCUGGCCUCACCUUCACCUAACUUAUGUAUCUUCCGUUCCACACACGCCGAGGAGGCACCUUCCACCGUUCGGCUUUUUUUAACAAAAGUGUCCCACCACAUACUAGUUUUCUGGCUUAAGCAGCAUCUAGGCUCUUUCUCACUGCCCCCCUUCUGUUAAACACUGUUUUAAUUCCCGAAACUUAGCAGCAGCUUGAGCAAGCAAGCGCAUGAUCCAAGCUUCAAAGCUUAUCCUCACCAGCUAGCUCAACGCUUCCAAAACACGACCAAUGAUGCAAACUUGGGUAGAGUGCCAUGUCUACCGACUCCCCUUGCCAGUGGCAAGCUGCCACCAUGGAGGAAAUAAAUCAUUGUUAGUUGAA